GCGGCGUUUUUCCCCUUUCAAGCGCACUCGCGUGCUCUGCUUGUGAAGAUGAGAAGAGGAUUUUCAUCAUUUUGGCCCAUUUACCAUCGUAAUUAACAUUCUUCGUCAAACUGUCUGUGCGCCGUGAGUGAGAGUCAGGGGCAAGGCUUGGGUCCCGGUCUACUGUGUCGGGUGAUGGAGCAGCCCUGUGUCUUGUGCUGUGGAGUAGGGCGCUGGGUGGCACGAGCCCCUGCAGAAGAGCCAGGGACACACAAGAUGUAACAAUACAGGAGAAGCACCUCUCAGAUCCAGAGAAAAACAGAAAAUCCACAUCUGUGUAUAGACCUCCAUCCUUCUUUAUUGAUAUAUUACAUUGUCAUCAAACCACAAAGAACUUUAUAUACACCACAAGAAAAAGAACAUUACAAAUCCCCAAGGAUGAAGAUAUUUGAAAUGAAAUGUAAAAAAAUAUGAGAACCUACUCUCCUGUUUUCAUCAUUUUUUGAAAGUGGUACAGCCAAUAAGUACAGAAAUCAUAUAAAUGAAGACAUAAACAAAGUACAAAAAAAUAAACCAUUCUGCCUGGAAUCAACCAAUCAACACACUCAGAAGAAAGGGGAGGGUCAUGACCCAGUUGCCAUGCAUGUCGCCACGGUGACCGGCCUCCCCAACCCCUCCCCCCUCCUUCUCCUAUUGGUCCAGCUGCUUUUGUGGCUCCUCCCCCCCGGGCCUGAAUUGGCAGGGGCCGCCUCUGCUUGCCCUGCCCUCUGCAGCUGUUCCAAUCAGGCAAGCAGGGUCAUCUGUACAAGAAGGAACUUAGAGGAGGUGCCUGAAAGUAUAUCUGUCAACACGCGAUACCUCAACCUACAGGAGAAUUCAAUACAGGUGAUUAAGUCUGAUACUUUCAAGCGCUUGCAGCAUCUGGAAAUCCUGCAGCUCUCCAAAAACCACAUCCGUCAGAUUGAAGUUGGGGCGUUCAAUGGCCUGCCAAACCUCAACACGCUGGAGCUUUUCGACAACCGCCUCACGUUGGUCCCCUCCCAGGCCUUCGAGUAUCUCAGCAAACUGCGGGAGCUUUGGCUGCGCAACAACCCCAUCGAGACCCUGCCUGGGUAUGCCUUCCACCGGGUUCCCUCUUUGCGGCGGCUUGACCUGGGGGAACUCAAGAAGCUGGACUACAUCUCUGAGGCUGCCUUCGAGGGCCUCAUCAACCUGCGCUACCUGAACCUGGGCAUGUGCGUACUCAAGGACAUCCCCAACCUCACGCCUCUGGUGCGACUGGAAGAACUCGAGCUCUCUGGGAAUCGGCUAGAGAUCAUCCGACCUGGGUCCUUCCAGGGCCUGGUGUCUCUCCGCAAACUCUGGCUCAUGCACUCUCAAGUGACAGUCAUUGAGCGGAAUGCCUUCGAUGAUCUCAAGAACCUGGAGGAGCUGAAUCUGUCUCACAACUCCCUUCACUCUCUACCCCACGACCUCUUCACUCCUCUGCACCAACUGGAGAGGGUCCACCUCAACCACAAUCCCUGGGUGUGUAACUGUGACGUGCUGUGGCUGAGCUGGUGGCUGAAAGAGACCGUGCCCAGUAACACCACCUGCUGCGCACGCUGCCACGCGCCUCCCGGCCUCAAAGGCAGGUACAUCGGCGAGCUGGAUCAGAGUCACUUCACUUGUUACGCCCCUGUGAUUGUGGAGCCACCGACCGACCUGAAUGUCACCGAGGGCAUGGCUGCUGAGCUGAAGUGUAGAACGGGCACUUCCAUGACCUCAGUCAACUGGCUGACCCCAAAUGGAACGCUCAUGACCCACGGAUCCUACAGGGUCAGAAUUUCAGUCCUGCAUGAUGGCACAUUGAAUUUCACCAAUGUCACAGUACAGGAUACGGGCCAGUACACCUGCAUGGUGACCAACUCGGCCGGCAACACCACAGCGACGGCCGUGCUCAACGUGUCAGCCUCCGAUGCCAGCAACAGUUACAGCUACUUCACCACUGUCACCGUGGAAACUGUCGAAACAGGUCAAGAGGAGAAUUCUGCCCGACAGUACAUAAAUGAGACGUUUGUGGGUUAUUCAGGUCCUACUAGUUCAGGAGAGGUCUGGGGCACAACCUUGGCCACUACAUCGUCCUCUGUGUCUUCAUCCUCUUCUGCCAGAACAACCAAGCCAUCGGAAAGGCCAUUCACAGUUCCAAUAACAGAUGUUACCAACAUGUCUGGUCUGGAUGAUGUGAUGAAGACUACAAAAAUAAUCAUUGGCUGUUUUGUGGCCAUCACGUUCAUGGCGGCAGUAAUGCUGGUGGUCUUCUACAAGUUGAGGAAGCAGCAUCAGCUGCACAAACACCAUGGCCCGGCACGCGCCAUCGAGAUUAUCAAUGUCGAGGAUGAAAUUGGAGCAGGGGGGGCAAGUGGAGUAGGAGGAGGGAGUGGGAUCUCUGGAGGAUCCACAAUGCAUUCUGGAGGUGGCGGGGUCAGUGGUGGGGGGCAGAGUUUAAGAUUGCACCAUCCAGAAAUGGUCAACCUUCCAAAUCUAGCAAGAGCUGAGCAUCUUAAC